AUGAAGCUCACCACUACCCUCGCGACUCUCCUGUCGCUCACCCCCAAUGCCUUGGCAAAGGGCAAGAAGCUCGACUCCAAGAAAUUCCAAAAUGACAUCAAGACCAAGAAUCUUAUGUCAAACCUUGAGAAGCUCAACGAUCUCGCUUUCGCCAACGGCGGCAACAGAGCUUUCGGUCUUCCCGGCUACGACGCUUCAGUAGACUACGUCUUCAAAAAGACCUCCAAAGUGAAGGGCGCAAAGGUCUACAAGCAGAACUUCCCCGCGCUCUUCGCUUACGUCGACUCCAUCUCUCUGAAAGUGGACGACAGCGAUGUCUACGUGUACGGAUUGACUUACUCCCCCAGUACUAGCGCGGACGGCAUCACUGCUGAAAUCGCGCUCGGUCCCGAAGGUGCAGCAGGUUGUGACGCAGCCAACUACGCCGAUCUUGAUGUGAAGGGCAAGAUCGUUCUUGUUCAACGAUUCAGGUGUCCUACCGGUGGUACCCUCGCUGGCAGAGUCAUUCCUGCUGCCGAGGCCGGUGCCGCUGGUGUGAUUAUUUACCAUGAUCUGGCGACCAAUGUUACUGCUGGUUCGCUCAGUGCUCCCAACCCCGAGAAGCAUGUCCCUGCUGGUUUCAUCAACCUUGCGGACGGAGAGAAGAUCAAGGCCAAGAUUGAGGGUGGCGAGAAGGUUGAGGCUUUCUUUCAGCAGACUCAAACUAUUGAGGAGAGGAUUACUCAGAAUGUUAUUGCUGAGAGUACUGGUGGUGAUCCUCGCAAUGUCAUCAUGCUCGGUGCACACUUGGACUCAGUCCAAGCCGGUCCCGGAAUCAACGACGACGGCUCCGGCACAUCCCUCCUCCUCGAGCUCUUCACCGCGCUCUCAAAGUACAAGACCAAGAACAAGAUCCGCUUCGCAUGGUGGGGCGCCGAAGAAAACGGUCUUCUCGGCAGCAAGUUCUACACCUCCAACCUGGCCACCAAGGACGUCAACAACCUUUUGGUCUACCUCAACUUCGACAUGGUCGCCAAGGGCUUCUUCGGUGUCGCUGACACUGACGGUAGCGAGCAUGGAUCCAAGGCGCCUAAGGGCUCCGAGGUUACUGAGAAGAUCUUUACUGAGUACUUUACUAGUAAGGGUCUUGAGGUUACGCCUGCUGUUUUGACGAAUGGAAGUGAUUAUGCUUCUUUCUGGCAGAACUUGAACAAGCCUUUUGGUUUCCUCCACACUGGUACCGCUGUUGCCCAGGAUCCUUGCUACCACCAAGCUUGUGAUACCAUCGAUAACCCCGAUCCCGAGACUCUCACCAUCAACGCCAAGGCUGCCGCACACAUCCUUGCUGUUCUCGACGAACGAGGCACCAAGUUGAUCCCCAAGACCAAGAUCAGCGAGGCCAAGCUUCAAAGUCUCCAGCAGCGAAGCGUCGGACCUGAUCUGGGUAAGAUGGAGGAGCUUGAGGCUAUGGGUCUUCGACACUUGGGCUGUGGUCAGCAUGAGAUCUAA